UGAUAGUUAUAUUUUAGGAGAUUAAAAACCAAAAAAAAAACCUAAAACCGAACCGAUAUCCAGAUUAAACAGAUUAAUGUCUCCUUAUUAAAAAAUAACGAAACUAAUAAUCACAUUAUGUGCAAGACGUGGGUUAUUACCUAGUAGAUGGUAAAAGUAAAAUACAUAUAGCUAGGGAGCAUUAACUAAUGUUAGUAUAGUUAGAGAAUAUUAGGAAGGACCAAAAUUUAAUUGGUUAAUGAAUUUAACCAACAACUUUUUGUAAGUAGAUUUUUUAGAAUGAUUCUUUUUUAAUAGUAUAGAUUUUUUUCUUUUGUUAUCAACAAUUCAUAUAUGCAUACUAUUAGGUUGGAACUUUAAACCACUAGAUCGAAAUUCCGAUGAAUGAAUAAAGUUCUUUUAAUGCGACUAAUUUGAAAAUUCUUUUGUUUACCAAAACUUUGUAAUUUUUGUAUAAAUUGUAAAAUUCUUUAAUAGGAAAUGUUCGAGGGCAGAGUGGACAAGCAACAAAAAGGACCAUUAUCUGUGGCAGUUCCAGGAGAGGUAGCCGGUCUUUACCAAGCGUGGACGAACAACGGCCGCCGUGUCCAGUGGAAACAGCUGGUCGAGCCGUCUAUUAAACUUGCUCGAGACGGUUUCGUGGUUGGUCCGCAUCUCGCCUUCGCGUUAUCCACCUACGAGGAAAAGAUCAGGAACGAUACUGGUUUAAAGAGUAUUUUCGUUAUCGGAGACAAAUUGUCGACGGAAGGGGAUACAUGUAAGAACAUCAAACUCGCUGAGACCUUGGAAAAGGUGGCAGAGAAAGGGAUGCAAGCGUUUUACCAAGAUGAUGUUGCUGAAAAUCUUGUAAAUGAUCUGAUGCAUGCUGGAGGGAACAUGACGUUGGAAGAUUUGAGGGACUAUAAAGUUAACGUGACCGAUGCAAUGGUUGUAAAUGAUGUUAUGGGGUUUAAACUACAAGGAAUGUGGCCUCCGUCUAGUGGAACGGCCGGUUUUGCAAUGGUGAGAAUGAUGACUCAUUUUUCGAUAUAUAAUUGGUGUUCAAUGUGAAUAAUAUAUUUCAAGUUUUGAUGUUGGAAACAAACAGGUUAUGAAUAUACUGGAGCAAUACACAGAUAUAGAUGGUAUUGAUAAGAAUCUUUUUCUGCAUCGAGUUAUAGAAGCCAUAAAGUUUAUGCUUGCAGCUCGAAUGGAUCUUGGAGAUCCUGCGUUUGUUGAGGGGAUAUCUGAAGUUGUGAAAAAUAUGACCUCUAAGAGUUGGGCCCAAAAUAUUCAGGAAAAGAUAUCCGAUGACAAGACUUACCCACCAGAUUAUUACCGCAACAAAUACAAACAGCUCAAGGACGAAGGGACGAGCCACUUCUGUGUAGUGGAUAAAGAUAGAAACGUUGUGUCGAUGACAACAACUGUGAAUCACGCGUUCGGGUCAGGGUUUAUGUCGACUUCAACAUGUAUUAUACUCAACAACCAGAUGGCUGAUUUCUCGAUAACAUCCGAGGAAUCUGCACCACCCGCGAAUUACAUCGAGGCAAACAAGAGGCCUUUGUCUUCCAUGAUGCCUCUAAUCAUCACAAAGGUAAUUUAAAGAUGCAAAAUCAAGAACAAAAGUUCGUUCUUUCUUUUUUGUCAAGCAAAGCAUAACUGAAACUGGGUCUCUUAGUGUUUAAACAUAGCCAAAACUAGUGUCUCAAUCGAAUAGAAGAGUUUAGGUUCCUUUUACAUUCUCAGUGUAAGAGUAUGAGUUUUUUUUUUGUCAGCAAGAAUGAGUUAUACUUGUCUUAACGAACAAUACAGAGUAAUAACAGAGGGAAUAUAAGUACACUAGGUAAUAAUCUGCGGCUUGCGCGGGAUGUGAUUAUUAGUUUUGUUAUCUUCUUAUUAUAUAAAGAAGACCUUCACUCUCUUCUGAGCAAGACACGUCAUCAAAUAGCUUCUUCUGGACGUGACACGUGUCACCUAUAUUAAAACCUCACCGUUUCGUUUAAGUUUGUGUGCAACACAUGUGGGCUUCGUUUUGCAUUCAAGCCUAAUGUUUUACUCAAAGGGCCAAGUCCGAUAAAGGAAACUUUACGUGUUUCAAAACGCGUCGUUUCAGAUUUUAGGGUUCAACACAUUUCUGAAUUCUGAUCUCCGCCGUACGAGAGCUAAUCUCAACGAACGCGAUGGUUCAUAUUCUUCCUAACAAUCUGAAAAGCAACCAGUUACAGAUGCAUCACUUACGAUCUACCUUUAAUGCGAUCUUCACUCCUGCAAGGCGGUGUAUCUGCGUGUAUAAAAAGG